GCCGGGAACCGCGGGGACCACCAUGGUGAGGCUGGUGCUGCCCAACCCGGGCCUGGAAGCCCGGAUCCCGUCGCACGCGCAGCUGGAGCACAUCGAGGUGGAGGAGGGCGGCUCCCGGCCCAAGUGGGACAACAAGGCCCAGUACAUGCUCACCUGUGUGGGCUUCUGCGUGGGCCUGGGCAACGUGUGGCGCUUCCCCUACCUGUGCCAGAGCCACGGUGGAGGGGCAUUUAUGAUCCCUUUCCUCAUCCUGCUGGUCUUGGAGGGGAUCCCGCUGCUGCACCUGGAGUUCGCCAUCGGGCAGAGGCUGCGCAAGGGAAGCGUGGGCGUCUGGAGCGCCAUCCACCCGGCGCUGAAGGGCUUGGGCGUGGCGUCCAUGUUCGUGUCCUUCAUGGUGGGUCUCUACUACAACACCAUCAUCGCCUGGGUCAUGUGGUACUUCUUCAACUCCUUCCAGGACCCUCUGCCCUGGAGCCAGUGCCCACUCAACGCCAACAAGACGGGCCACGUGGAGGAGUGCGCCCGCAGCUCGUCCGUGGACUACUUCUGGUACCGCGAGACCCUCAACAUCUCCACCUCCAUCAGUGCCUCGGGCUCCGUGCAGUGGUGGAUCCUGCUCUGCCUGACCUGCGCCUGGAGUGUGCUCUACGUGUGCACCAUCCGGGGCAUCGAGACCACCGGGAAGGCCGUGUAUGUCACCUCGACGCUGCCCUACGUCGUCCUGACCAUCUUCCUCAUCCGGGGCCUGACGCUGAAGGGGGCCGCCAAUGGCCUCGUCUUCCUCUUCACGCCCAACGUCACGGAGCUGGCCAACCCGGUCACGUGGCUGGACGCGGGGGCCCAGGUCUUCUACUCCUUCUCUCUGGCCUUCGGGGGCCUCAUCUCCUUCUCCAGCUACAACUCUGUCCACAACAACUGCGAGAUGGACUCGGUCAUCGUGUCCGUGAUCAACGGCUUCACGUCCGUGUACGCGGCCACCGUGGUCUACUCCAUCAUCGGCUUCCGUGCCACCGAGCGCUUCGACGACUGCUUCAGCGCGAACAUCCUGACGCUUAUCAACGGGUUUGACCUGCCCGAGGGCAACGUGACGCAGGAGAACUUCGCUGAGAUGCAGCAGUGGUGCAACGCCUCCGACCCCGCGGCCUUCGCGAGGCUGAAGUUCCAGACCUGCGACAUGAACUCCUUCCUCUCGGAGGGCGUGGAGGGCACCGGGCUGGCCUUCAUCGUCUUCACCGAGGCCAUCACCAAGAUGCCCGUGUCCCCUCUUUGGUCGGUGCUCUUCUUCGUCAUGCUCUUCUGUCUGGGCCUGUCGUCCAUGUUUGGGAACAUGGAGGGGGUGGUCGUGCCCCUGCAGGACCUCAAGGUCAUCCCCAAAACGUGGCCCAAGGAGCUGCUCACAGGCCUCAUCUGCUUGGGGACGUACCUCAUUGCCUUCAUCUUCACCCUGAACUCCGGCCAGUACUGGCUGUCCCUGCUGGACAGCUACGCCGGCUCCAUCCCCCUGCUCAUCAUCGCCUUCUUCGAGAUGUUCGCCGUCGUGUACGUGUACGGCGUGGACAGGUUCAACAGCGACAUCGAGUUCAUGAUCGGCCACCAGCCCAACCUCUUCUGGCAGGUCACGUGGAGGGUGGUCAGCCCGCUGCUCAUGCUGGUCAUCUUCCUCUUCUUCUUCGUGAUCCAGGUCAACCAGGAGCUGAUAUACAGCGUCUGGGACCCAGCCUAUGAGGAGUUCCCCAAAUCCCAGAAGGUCAAGUACCCGAGCUGGGUAUACGCCGUGGUGGUCCUCGUGGCCGGGGUGCCCUGCCUCAUCAUCCCCGGCUUCGCCAUCUACAGGCUCAUCAGGGACCGCUACCAACGGCCCGGGGACCGCCAGGGGCUGGUCAGCGCGCUGUCCACAGCCUCUGUGAACGGGGACCUGAAGGCCUGAGCAGCCCAGCCCUCGGUUUGAGGGGGCUGGGCUGCACGUGUGUGUGAGCGUGUGUGCGUGGGCAUGAGUGUGCCCUGUGUGAGGGUGUGUGCCCAUGACUGUUUGCAUGUGAGCGUGUGCUGUGUGAGUGUGCACAGGUGUGAGUGUUGCCUACAUAUGUACAUGUGCAUGUGUGAGCAGACAGGCACGUGCCAGGGCAUGUGACUGCGUCGUGUGUGUGUGUGUGUGUGUGUGUGUGUGUGUGUGUGAGUGUGUGUGCACAAAAGGAAGGAGGGGACCCUCCUGGUGUGGGUACACACCUCCAUGUGCAUAUGUGCACGUGAGCCAGUGCAUGUAUGUGAUGCCUCUGUGCUGUGCACACAUGUGUUUGUGUGUGUGUGCGCGUGCAGCACACACGCCUGCCGGGGGGCCCAGCCUCCCCGCCCCUGCUCUGAGGGUGAGUGGGGGUGGGGCACCUGCCGCGGGCAUCCUGCUCCUCCGGGCCGGGAGCGGUCCCACCGCCCCCGCCCCUGCCCCUUGCUGUCGCCUCCUGAUCUAGGGGUUCCCACGGAAGGUCCAGGCUCCUCUGUGACAGGGAACAUCCUUGUCAAGCCCCGUCCAGGACAGCCUGGUGGGCGUGUGAAGGUGGCGCCGCCCGCCCCUGGCCGUGAAGCUUCCUGAGUCUUGGCUACACCCCGCGUAGUGAGUGUGACCCACGGAGUCAGUGCGUCUGGCCGCCGCGCGUGGACGAGCCGUUACGUGAGGCUCCCCUUGGUACCGUGAGGCAGAAACCCCUUUGCCUCUUCCUGAAGCUCAUCAACUGCGUGAAUGUUUACCCAGAUGUUACAGGGUAACCCGGCCUUGGCUGCGAGGUGCACGGUCUGUGUGCCCGGAGCAGCGCCAGGGACCGUGAAGGCCAGAAGCCUGUCCGCCUGGUGCCACAGCCAAGGCCGCGUUGGCUCUUCCCGCCCAUCGAGGAAGGGAUGCGCCGUCUGACUGCAGACGCGGUUACGCCGCGCCUGGGUGUUUGUGUCGGAACUGGUCACCUCGGCUUCUGUGCAAAACCUGGACGUUUACAUUAAACGGGACCUUCCGAGGGUCUCCACGCAGGAUGGAGGCCCGAGGGGGCCAUGCCCUCACCCCCGAGACCCCGCCAGCCUCUGCGGCCCCCACCGCCUCCGCUCCCUGGAGCAUCCCGACCCUCCCCUGGGAAAACCUGUCAGGGACCCUGCGGAUCCCCCACCCCAGGCGUGGCGGGCCCGGGGGGCCAGUCCGUCUUCAUCUGCCCCCGGGCGAGGGCUUCCUUUCGGUGUUUUGCAGAUGGGUAGAAAUGCACGUUGGGUGGGUGUCUCGUGUCCCUGUCUGAAUAAAUCACCCCCUUUCAUAUC